CUGCGGUUUCUCCUCCUCCUAACCCUGCUGCUGCUCCGCCGCCACGGGAGAAGGAGAAGGGAGAUGAUGAGCUUGCAGAUUCCGGCGAGAUCCGGAGGGCUCCGCCGCCUCCUCCUCCUCGGAGGGGCGGAUGGGAUCAGGAGGCCCUACUCCACGGGCGACCGCCGGCGCCGGGUGAUCCGCGAGGCGCGGCAGGAGGAGGAGGACGAGGCCUUCCUCCGCACCCUCAACUUCAGCGCCGACCCGGAGAACAACCCCCCGCCACCGCCGCCGCCGCCGCCUCGACGACCCGGAGGUGCCCCCGACGACUCCUCCCCACACGCCGCGUUCCCCACCGACAUCCUCCGACGCGCCGCCGGGAAACAGCCGUUGCCGCCGCCGCAGCAACCCAUCGGGGAAUCGCUGAUGGAGAAGCUUAAGCUGGGCGACGCAGCCGCCACCUCCGCCGCGGGAAACAGCGGCGAGCGGCCGCAGCCUGAGCGCGAGCCGACGAAGCCGCCGCCGCCUGAGCACGAGGCGGCGCAGCCGGAGGACGUGGACGAGAUCUUCAGGAAGAUGAAGGAGACUGGGCUGAUUCCGAACGCCGUCGCCAUGCUCGACGGCCUGUGCAAGAGCGGGCUGGUGCAGGAGGCCAUGAAGCUGUUCGGUCUUAUGCGAGAGAAGGGUUCCAUCCCUGAGGUUGUCGUCUACACCGCGGUUGUCGAGGCUUUCUGCAAGGCACGCAAGCUUGACGAUGCUGUGAGGAUUUUCAAGAAGAUGCAGGGGAAUGGGGUUAUUCCGAACGCCUUCAGCUACUGGUUGCUAAUACAGGGGCUGUGCAAGGGUGGGAGGCUGGAUGAUGCAGUUGCCUUCUGCGUGGAGAUGUUUGAGGCUGGGCAUUCGCCGAAUGCCAUGACCUUUGUGGGCUUGGUUGAUGAGGUAUGCAAGGCUAAGGGGGUAGAGGAGGCUGAGAAGCUCGUGAGGAGUUUCCAGGACAGGAACUUUGCCAUUGAUGAGAAGUCCAUCAGGGAGCACUUGGACAAGAAAGGUCCAUUCUCGCCGGUCAUUUGGGAGGUGAUCUUUGGAAAGAAGAAAUCAGGCCGACCAUUUUGAGCUUUGCCAAAAGUAGUAUGUGCACAUUCUCACCAUUUUGUGUAGCUAUCGCCAGUGAUGCUUUUUUGAGAGUUAGUGUGCUUCUCUGGUUACAUUAAAAUGUUUAGCAUGAUGUUCUAUGUAACAAUCACUACUAUGCAAUCCCCAAGUCUGUCAUCUUUUUUA